GCGUGCAGACGAACUCGUUUAUACAUAUAUACACGAACGAAUUGUAUAUAUAUGUAUAUAUCAUUUUUGUGUUAACCUCUAAAAGAAAUGCCGUGAGAAGCGCGCUGGAUAUAUAAUGUUGGAGAUAAUUGUUCAAGUGAGUGCGGUGAUUGUUUCUGUAGUAAUUCUAGCAAUGUGCACAUGGAGCUGCCGUCGUAAGCGAGGAUAUGCUUCCAUCCCAGAUGAAGAAAACGUAUCUGAGAAGUUAACAAGGGAUAGACAAUUUCAAAGACUUGCUUUAAAAGAGGCUCUCUGCCAGUUCUUUCUGAACUUGUCAGGAAAAUAUUCUUUUGUGGAUCAACUAGAUGAUAUUGGCUGUCGCCUUGGAAGAAGUUGGUUUAUUGUGAAAGAAAAGAAAGGAGAAAAAAUGCUGCUUGUUUUAACUAAGAAAAGUAGUGACUGUUGUCUCACUCUUACAAAUACGACUAUCCAGUUACUCAGAGAUCUGUUUGAACCGCUUGCCAGGCAUCCAUACAUAUAUCCUGUGACAGAUAUUGGCGUGUUGUCUCAAAAACCCUUUGUUUUUGUUGUGGAACCGUUUAGCAAAAAAGGGACGUUGAAAGAUUUGAUUCAUAAGAAAAGACCACGCGAUGUUUGGGCAGGUAAAUACCGAGUUCAAGGCAAGGCGCUGAAUGUUCUCGAAAUCAAAACGUAUGGCAGGCAAAUAUUAAAAGCUAUGUUGUUUUUACAUAGUAAAGGGAUUCCAACAAACGGCCAUGUACACAGUGGAAACAUCUUCGUGAAGAAAGGCGUUUGUAGGAUCUCGGGUUAUGAACAAGCCAUUCUGGGAUUCAAGUCACGAUUAUAUCCGAGGUUAUCAAGAGCUUUAAAGAAGAAUAAAUAUGCCAUUGAUUCACUCUGCUUUGGUCAUUUGCUGUAUGAAAUGGCGUAUGGUCAAGAAUUAUUUGAUGCAAAACCUGGUAAACUUCACUAUGAGUUUUGCUCAAGAAGCGUUGAAGUUGGCGAGAUUUUAAAGUAUAUAUUUGGAACAGAUGACUCAUCUUAUCCCGAUGUCAAAGAUAUACUACACCACAGAUUCUUUCAAGGAGCAGAUGGUUUGGAUCCAAUCGACCCAGAUUCGAUCUUCUUCAAACCUCAAGUAACUCGAAAUGUUCUCAAACCUUUCAAAAAAUAUUUCAAGAAAAUGCGAAGGAAAUCUGGCAAAGACAGAAGUGAGGUCGGAAUGGAGGAAGAGGAAUCCCCGGACAUUUGGAAGCGGUCUCGUGAAGAGGAUCACAAUUUCCUGGUCUCUUACGAAGCUGAAACAGAGACGAUCUCUAAUCCCAUCCUAAGCAAACAAACACAUGCAUCAUCCACGCACGUACCUUCGUCACCUACGUAUAUUUCAUCAUCACCCCAACGAACACCGCCCAUCGAAACCCGAACGCCGCACAUUCCUGCUGAGAAGCAAGACGACAAAGCACGUGAUGAACCACGCGAUGAGCCAGCCAGACCUCUAUUCGGAGUGGACGCGCUAAUGGACUCUAUAAAACAGGCCAUUCAACAGCGACAUGAUGCGUUUGACCAUUCAGAUGAAAUGUCAUCUCGUCGCUCGUCUUUUUCUUCCGCAUCCCCACCCAAUUCACCGAUGCCCCUUGAUAUCCCUCAACCACAAUCAAUACAACCUUCAAAUACGAGUAAACCAUCCCUUCCCAACAAACCGGUUCUUGCGGCUAAUACUGAUCCGGUACCUCCCCGCCCCCCGCCUGCCCCGAAAGCACCCCCGCCUGCCCCCAAAGCUGGCCCCAAGCCUGCCCCCAAAACACCCCGUACAAAAACGAAGGAAGGCUCGGAUAGAUCGCAGUUACUAAAAUCUAUCGAACAAGGUUUGAAGUUACGUAAGACAGUUUCUAAUGACAGGAGUGCGCCGCGUGUGUAACACAUCUCACAAAAGGCAAAAUUCUACGUAAGGUAGAAACAUCAUUGGCGGAUGGAGUGCUUUGGUAUCGCUUUGAUUGUUCUUAGAUGAAGUGACUCUCCGUUUUGCGCAAAUGUACAAUAUGCUUCAUUAGCAGAAAUAUUGGACAACAUGGCAUGCCCGAUGUAUGUGAGAUAAAAUUUUCUCCAAAAAUCAUUUUAACACUGGCUAACGCCAAAGCUUCGCAUCAAAUCAAUAUCCUGAAUAUCUUCGCUGUCAUUUUGCAAGAUAAAUAUUAAAACUUAUAUGGUUUUAAACCGGAGGUUCCAGGGUGAUUUCAUUUGUGUGAACAUUCUUUGUAUAAAGGGCCUAUAUAUUUUCUACAAAUGCUACUAACCUUAGUGAUAUGAAGUCGAAAAACAUGUCAAAAUCGUUAAUAACCGCGUAAGCUCUGCUUGGAUAAGUCCAAAUUAAGGUUAAUAUACGUCAAUGCUGCUCCAUGAACACAAAAAUCGCGCCAAGUAAGUUCCCAAUGCAAGUUAAACUAUAUUCCCAUAUGUCUCUUUUAAAAAGCCGCUUUGUUUCUUUACUGAUUGUGCUUAGAUCAUGGAGCAUUUUAUAAGAAAUUGAAGAGGAAUAGUUAGCUCUCUUUGACCUUCUACUAGACGCCAUCUUGCUUCGCCACGAGAGUUACCGCUGAAAUAUGAUCGCGGGAGUUAAAAGGCAAAUAUUUCUGCUAAUGAUAUUUUUAACUAAUAAUUUGUGUUAUAUAU